AUGGAUGAUUGGGACAACAGCAAUGAGUUCAUUCAGCGACUGGACUUUUCCAGUUGUGGUGAAGAGAGUGAAGACAGAAGUGUAAACGAGGAGGACUCCCUGAGCUUGAGCCCCCCCAGAAGCUCAGAGUUCCAGAAAUGGCAAGAGAGCAGUCCUCUGCCAGCAACCCCUCAGAGAAAGCUUAGUGAGAUUUUCCUGAGCAGGACAAAAGCCUGGAUGAGUCCCACCCUGAAGUCUUCACCACCUGUGAACAAGAGCUGGAGUAAACCUGAGACACCACUGCACAUCACCUGGAAAAAGCUGCAGCUCUGUGACACCCCACACACUCCUAAGAGCCUGUUAUCAAAGACAGCUUUUCCUUCAUCUGCAACAAAGGUCCCACCCAAAGGCUUCCGACAUCCGAGGCUUACUCCUCGUGCUGACUCUGAUGACUCUUCCCAAGCUUCUCUUGUCAACAUUAAUCCCUUUACACCGGAGUCCUAUCGACAAAUGCUCUUUCAUCCUAAUAGCAAACGGAAGGCCAGAGGAGAGCUGAAUGAUCCUCAUCCAGGAAGCCAGAUUAAACAGGAGCUACCUACGAAGAGAUAUACUCUGAAAGCAAGCAAUAUGGUUUCCCGCUACAAGAAGGAGUUCCUGGAACUGGAAAAAAUUGGUGUGGGGGAAUUUGGCUCUGUCUACAAGUGUAUCAAACGCCUUGAUGGAUGUGUUUAUGCCAUCAAACGCUCCAAAAGGCCUCUGGCAGGAUCCUCGGAUGAGCAGCUGGCACUGCGUGAGGUUUAUGCUCACGCUGUCCUGGGGCACCACCCCCACGUGGUGCGCUACUACUCGGCCUGGGCAGAGGACGAUCACAUGAUUAUCCAGAAUGAACACUGCAAUGGUGGGAGUCUCCAAGAUGUGCUGCUGGAAAAUGCAAAGCUUGGGCAGUAUUUCCCAGAAGGAGAGCUGAAGGAAAUAUUGCUGCAAGUCUCCAUGGGGCUAAAAUACAUCCACAGCUCUGGCCUUGUGCACCUGGAUAUCAAACCUAGUAAUAUCUUCAUCUGUCACAAGCUGGCAGUUUCAGGCCCUGCUGGGCAGGAGGAGAGUGACAGUGAAGAUGAAUUCUCUCCUGGUGUGGUGUAUAAGAUUGGUGACCUUGGACAUGUGACAUCAAUAGCAAACCCUCAGGUGGAGGAAGGAGACAGACGGUUUUUGGCCAAUGAGAUUUUGCAAGAGCAAUACUGCUACCUGCCCAAGGCAGACAUCUUUGCCCUGGCACUCACAGUGGCUCUGGCAGCCGGGGCAGCACCGCUGCCUCACAACGGGGUCCUGUGGCACCACAUCCGCAAAGGCAACAUCCCACCCAUCCCCCAGAAGCUUUCCCACCACUUUUUUGAGCUCCUUAAGCUCAUGAUCCACCCUGAUCCAGUGCAAAGACCUUCUGCCACAACUCUCACUAAACACCCUGUUCUCCGCCCUUCGUGUGGAAAAGCUGUGCAGCUCCAGGAGCAGCUAAAUGUGGAGAAAUGCAAAACUGCCAUGCUGGAAAGGGAACUUAAAGCAGCUCGCCUUGCCCAGACCCUCAUGAAGGACCAAGCCUUAGGAAGUGCCAAGUUACAAGAGUCUGAAACCUCUUCUAAGCAGAAGAGCAAGCGUCUGGUGGGAGGGAAGAGCUGUCGCUCAUUUAGCUUUACUCUGGGUUACUGAAUUUCUGUGUUGUCCAAAGACUGCUGAAUGGCCCUAUGAAAGCAGGGGGUCUGCACAGACCAAUGCCCCAUCUUGUCUCCCUGUCAUUUUCUUUUUACCUUUG